GGGACCAUUGCGCGGCGCUGCUCUUCAUCUCUCUCACACACGAGGGCACAGACUCUAUACGCCAUGCUAUAAAAUACUCCUAUUUCCUGAGAAACAAGGCAGCGGUCGGUAUUCAUUGGACGACGUCUGGAUAAAUCGCUAUUCGUGGACUUGCCCAGUGGGCUUGUGGCGCGCUCGCACGCGCGCGUCGGUUCGAGCAUGCACAGCGGGUGUGAUCUUGCGUUUCCAUCUCCACCUCCUCCCGGAGCCGACACGGAUAGGCGUUUCGUCAUGUGUAAAGAGACAGUUUUACCGCAAUGCUAUUCCAAUAGCUCUCCAGUUCCGCACGAGAGCCACUGACCCGCGUCAAGAGAAAGGGAAGUCCAUGCGCAUUCACGCGUUCAUCUGGAGUCGACUCAGCGGAAUAGGAGCAGGUGGGCGCUUUAUGGACUUCUUCACUCUCAUCUCUGAUAUUAAUGGACUCAUAUGCUGAUUAGAACGUAACUGCGGGCUCUUGGGUUUGGUAGAGGACUCCGUAUGCGCGUGUGUUACUCAGGGUGAAAGUGUGCUUCUUCAGAACAUAGUUUGGUGGAGUCCUUCAUCAUGAAUACAGAUAGCGGAGGAUGUGUUCGUAAGAGUUCGUCAUUGUCUCUCACUCUGUGGCCUGUGAAGAGGGUGCAGAGUUCACCUAAUUUGUACACUAAUACAGGUAGUGAAUCUCAGUCAUCAGAUUCAGAUCCCUGGCGUUCGCGCAGUGUGUCCGAGGGGUUGAGGAACGGAGAUGCCAGUAGCUCGUCGCUGAGUGCCAAAGGUUUCCGUAGUGUUAAACCCAACCUGCAGGACAAGAAAUCACCCACAGUGGUUCCCCUGCCACCUCCUCGGAGAGAGAGCUAUCACACAACUCCUAACCCUCCCUCUUACAGCUCCCUCUCAAUGCUCUCCGACACCCCCCUUUCUCUCCCACACAGUGAUGAUGUCAUUACCAAAGGCACCAUUAAAUCAAGUGCCACCUCGUCGUACUCUUACUCCAAGAGCACCAGAACUUCCACUAUGACAUCGGGAGCCCCCCUUGAGGAGCCCCCCUUCUCUUCCCAGCAGGCCAAUGCUAACAGUUUUAUCACUCGGGUUCUAGAGGGCAAAUUGUCCUCAACUAAAUUCCCUUCUGACAACCUGAACGCAGAUCCCAACCCCAAAUCUCCACCACAGCGAGACUCCACUUUAGAUACACACGUAGCCUCUCUAUCCAUCCAGUUAGCUCCCCGCAGCCCAGAACCAAAACCAGAGACCCAGUCAGGGCCUAAGACUGAAUCCAGGAGAAACGCACUGGACACGGCAGACCCGGCGUCACCCCCUGUUGUACCACCAAGACCAACGGGCAUUGUGGUGCGUGAGUUUUCCCCAGUUAGAGGGGGCACCAGACCAUUCACCUCUGGACCACCCUCCCCAGACCCAGCGGCUCGUCGUUCACCGUAUAGCCGGGCCAGUCAGGACUCUCCCGACUUCCUCUCUGGGCUAUUGCCCAAAGCCCUCUCGCCUACGCCCUACACCCCUCUGGAACGUUCCGGACUAAUGUCGGCCUCUCCCAUCGCAUCACCAGUAACCGUAUCAGCGCUGAGUCAUUAUUCAUCUUCCACCGUCGGCUUGGAGGAGCUGCAGAUCUGCGGCUUGGACUCCUCCCCCACAACCACACCCACCCCGUCCCCAACACUCAGCCAUGCCUCCAAUGCCCCCGACGAGGUUCCCGACCCUACCGCCCCAUCAGCUGCCACAGGCACUAACGGUCAGAUGACUAUGAACGGCAGCUCUCAGUCUCAAAGGCCCUUCUCUCCGCCUGCAUACCCCCCUCCUCCACCAACCUUCAGCCCAGGCCUAGUUAAGGUCCAGCAGGGUAGGAGUUCAGAGGGUUCAGAGACAGUGAGGAGAGAGACAGUAGUCUCUGGUCAGACAGUGGUCAGUAGCUCUGUCCCCAUUGCCCGUUUCUCAGAGGAAGAGAAGAAGGUGUCCAUCAUAAAGGCUCCCCAUUACGAAGGCAUUGGACCAGUGGAUGAGUCAGGCAUUCCCAUUGCCAUCCGCACAACUGUGGACAGACCCAAGGACUGGUACAAGACCAUGUUCAAACAGAUCCACAUGGUUCAUAAAGCAGAUGAUGACUACGCAGACACAUAUAAUGCCACAUAUGCUGUCAUAAACAACGACAACUACCCUGCUGUCCAUGCUCACCCACCACCUCGAACACACACCUACCGGCCUCUCUCCAGAAAUGCCUCAAACCCACCAGAUGAUGCCACCCACCGGGAGCUUUCACAGUCACCGGUGCCCCCGCCGCCCCCUCCGAUGCCCUCUCUCCUCCAGCUCCGCUCCCGAGACAUGGACAGGGACAGAGAGUUCUCACAUGACCCAAAUGAAUGGGGUCCAAUGGAUCGCAAAGUGGACACGCGUAAAUACAGGGCGGAACCGCGGAGCAUCUUUGAGUACGAGCCUGGAAAAUCAUCCAUUCUUGAACAGGAGAGACCUGGGUUUGAUUUAAACCCAGAUGACAUAGAUUUAGAGAAUGAGCCUUGGUUUAAAUUCUUUUCCGAACUGGAGUUUGGAAGGCCGCCUCCUAAAAAGAGGUUGGAUUAUAAUCCUGACUACUCCACACAUGCUGUGGCACAGUCAUCACUUUAUCUCUCACCUUCGGAACGGCCCGAGAGGCCUUCAAGUUCUGCAAGCGACUACCGGAAAAGACGGAAGUCCGAGCCAUCUGUCACUCAAGCCAACACAAAAAGUGAGCAGAAUGCCCGUCCAGUGGACUCCCACAAAGCACAGUCACUGAAGAAGCCCACCAUACGCUCAUCCCCCUCAUCACCAUCUAAAGCCAAAGCUGGAGACGCUACAGAGUCGCUCUCUUCCUGUAUGAGCUCUCCAGGUAUGGAGCGUCUCUCCACAGAUUCCCUCUCUCUCUCCACGCCAACCUGGCGUGGCUCCAAACGCUCCAUCUGCUUCAAGAACGGCUGGCAAACAAGCCGACACGAAACUGCUGAGACUUGGAGCAGUGCUGAUGACGAAUCUGGCGCGACCCCUACGUCACCACGGCUGAAAUCACGCAGCUGUGAUGAUUUGCUGUCUGAUGGACAUGGUGCUAGUAAUGACGGAAGAACGUUGAAUUCUGUGACUUCUAUUCGAACUGAGAGCACAGGUUCAUUGCUUGAUGAAGAUGCCACGCAACCGCCUCAAGUAAAAAGUCUUACCUCAUCCCCCAGGGGUCGCCGACAUCACAGACGUAAGAUGCCCCAUGAUGCCCCUGGUUUCCUUCAGCUUUACAAAACCAUGCACCACAUUGAUCGUGAGCAGCUCUUACCCUCAGAUGUGAUUCGUUCUGUACGUGCACGAAUCCUUGAGUUGGAACGGCAACAGCAGCAGCAGAGGCACAGCCUCCAUGGCUGGGCAUCUUUAGGUCAGGAGGUGCCACGACAAAUGGUACCCAACCGGAUAUCGGAGUAUGAGCAGCUCAUCCAGAAAUCGAAGUCCAUGCCAGACCUUGGUGAUGACACUGUCCCUUCAGGCACCACAACUCCAGGGUCCUCGAGGGCCAGCAGUUGUCCCAAGCGACGUUUUUCCGUUGAAUCACUUUUGGAAGAGGACGACAGUCCAGAAAAGGCACGGAGUCCCCCAGAGGGACAGCCAAGAUCAGGACCAGACAGCAAUAACCUGGUGCCAGUUCGUGAAAAGAACCAACAACAUCAAGAUUACUCAGACAGCGAACAGGAUGCGUGUGCUUCCGAAAUAAGCGACAUCCAAAUAGAAGGAUCAUCGUUGUGCAGUGAGAGCGACCUUGAUCAUUGCUCGCUCACCUCAUCUGAGAGCUUCUAUGGUCAUCAUGGGCAUCAUCACCACGGACACCGUUUCCACCGACACCAUCACGUGCACCAGAGCUUGGGUCAGAGUCAAGGUUACCAACAUCGCCACCUCAUCAGCUCCUGUAAGGGUCGCUGUCCAGCCUCGUACACACGAUUCACUACCAUGUUAAAGCAUGAACGCCAACAAGAAAGGGCUCGGCAAGAUUCCCGCCCUGUUACACCUCCACCAGGCCAGCAGUCGCCAGGUGAGUCGGGCCUUUCCAAACUUGCCUUCCUGGUCAGCCCCGUGCCUUUCCGCCGAAAGCGAGGCUCCCCACCCACCCAUCGGCGACACUGCAGAGGUGGGGGGUCAAAAUCCAAAGCCGCAAUUUAUGAGGCUUUAGAUGCUGCGUUGCAGGACAUUUAUGACCACAUAAGGGCAGAAAAGGGGCAAGGGGCAGCAAGGUUGCCAGAUGAUAGCAUACUUCGCCGGUUACUGGAGGAAUUGCUACCAGACGUGCCCAAGCGUAGCUCUUCUUUGCGGGUUCAGAGAGGGUCCGGCUCCCCCUCCUCUUCCCACAUCCACCAGCCUUACCAUGGAGCCCACCAAUGUGCCUCCUAUCAACAGCAACACCACCAUGCAGACGCCUCCAACAACAACCAGCACUCUAAUGCUAAUGCUAAUGCGCACUGCUACUCAGAUCAGGGGUCUGACACGGGCCGUCUUACACCACAAAGCAGAAGACUCACACCGGAAAGAGAGGUCUUUUCUAAGCAGAUGACCUAUCUUAUAUUGUCUUCUCUUCUCUAUCAGAAACAGUCUGCCAGGGCUAUUUAUGAUUUUAAAGCUCAGUCUGCCAAGGAACUUUCUUUUAAGAAAGGAGAUGCAGUCAAUAUCAUCAGACAGAUUGACAGUAACUGGUUCGAGGGGGAACACAAAGGACGGAUUGGGAUUUUUCCCAUCUCAUAUGUAGAGAAGGUUGCAUCUCCAGAGAGGAGGCAGCCUGUCAGACCUCCUCCCCCUGCUCAGGUUAGAGAAAUGGGAGAGGCCAUAGCUCGAUACAACUUCAAUGCUGACACUACAGUAGAGCUUUCUCUUAGAAAGGGUGAACGGGUGAUCCUCUUGAGGAAGGUUGAUCAAAAUUGGUAUGAAGGAAAAAUUCCUGGCUCAAACAGGCAGGGUAUUUUUCCAGUGUCCUACGUUGACGUGAUCAAGGGCUCCCCAUCCAAGAGCCCCAGUCACCAAGGAGACGCGCACACAUACAGGGCACAGAAGCAUGACACAGACUCCUCUCCCCAGUUGCUGUGGUUCGAUUAUGCCACUAGGACACACCUCCGAGCAGUCACUAGCGAAUGGCUAUCCCUCACACUGGGUGUCUCUACCUCUUACCCAUCGUCUUCUUGUGGCAGUCCAGUCCCCCCCACCCCUCCUCCCUUACCCGUCGGCCUACAAUGCACAAGCCCCCAACCUCCUACUCCACCUGUGAGAAAAUUCACCCCAUCACCACAAAACCCCUCCUCAAAGUCCUCCCCCAUAUCCAUACAAAGACCAAUCAUAGACUCCUCAAAUAUUUCUCUAUAUUCCCAUGAACAUCUCUAUGGGCAUAGACUGAAAUCACUAGAUUUCGGUUUACCUCAGAAACUGAUCUCAGACCAUAACCAGGAGCUGUUCAGACCAGUACAAAAAUUGCCUGGUGGUGGUCAAAACUAUGACCCAUCAAGCCUUAUAACCACACCUGAUCCAUAUGACCAGCUCAUGUUUUUAAGACGUCAACUUUACAAUGAACUUGAAGUCAGGCUGGCUAACCAAUCAGCAAGCAUAGUUAAUCGCGAGGUGUUACCGGAUUGGUCAAAGUCUGAGUCUAUCAGUGCAAAGCAAGAAGCAGUAAAUAUAACAGAUAGAGGUCAUAAGAUCUACGAGAAAAAGACUGAGAACUUGUCAGUCAUUUCAAAUAACAAGUCAAACUUUCACAGCCCUAUAACUGAGAUAAAAUGGGAGGGAAUUCCUGAGUUGUUCAUACAGGAAGAAGAUGAUGAAAUAGUCAACAGAUCAGGCUUGGAUGAUGUUUCAAAAAAAGAGGCUGACUCCUCAUCUGUUGCACAGUGCAGCACCUCCUCUUUCAUUACUUCAUCUCUCCCCUUCACCUCCUCCCCCUUUACCACUCAAAAUUUCUCACUUUCUCUUUACACCACUAGCUUUUCUCCUCCUCAUAUUAAAUCAUCCAACUCGACUGUUCACUCCUCACCUCUGUCGGCUAUUAAACCCAUUCCAUGCGUGUCACCUCCAUCCACACUUUUUUUGAUACCCUCUUCUUUCUCUGUCCUUCCAUCUUCCUCGUUGUCUUCCCCUUCAGACUCUCCUCUCCCUCCAUUAUCUGUCUCCUCUCCCCCUCCUUCACCUCCACCUUUCACUCCAAUCCCUUCAUCAUCUUCUCCUCCUUCGACUCCUGCAUUGAAAGUGUCUCCACUUUCCUCACCACUUCUCCCAUCUUCCUUACCAGUGUGUUCUCCUCUGUCAUCUUCACCUCCUAUUUCUCAAUGCCCUUCAUCUCCUCUGUCCUCUCCACCCCUCCUCCAUUCUUCUGUCCAUCCUCAACAUUCCUCAUCUCUUCCCACAUCCACUAAUUUCUCAUCUCAAAUCGUAACCUCUAACUGUCCAUCAUCUUCUCCUCACUCAUCCCAUAUCCCUCCAUCUCCUCCUUCAUCUCCAAUUCCUUCUCAUCCUCCUCUUUAUUCUUCCAGCAAGCCUCGUCUACCAACCAUCCCCGCCUCUCCCCCCUCCUCUCCCUCUCCUCCCCCUUCUCCUCCUCCAUCUCAGUUUUCCUCAGAUCUAACUCCAUCAUCUUCUUCUGCUCCUCGCUGCUCUGCUUCUUCCUCUCCCUCUGUCCCUUCUCAAACCUCUCCAUCCAUCCCACCAUCGUCUCCCUCUGUUCCUCCCCUCUCUCCUCGUUCACAGCCUCGCUCUCCUAAGAUCAAGAAAAUGAUGCAGGAUUCGUCGCAUGCAAGUGGUGACCCGUUUCAAGUUGUAUACAAUUACGUACCUCGUAACGAGGAUGAGCUGGAGCUAAAGGAAGGGGACGUUGUUGAUGUCAUAGACAAAUGUGAUGAUGGCUGGUUUGUGGGUACGUCCCGAAGAACAAGGUUAUUUGGAACGUUCCCAGGAAACUAUGUUAAACCGCUUUAACAAAUAGGAAACAAUGGCACAACUACGGCCACUCCAGUGCCUACUGUGAAGGGCCAACAAGGCACCUCACCUUUGAGAAAGUGUGUGUGUCCGUGUGUGUGUGUUCACAAACAAACUUUUCACAAAUAGUUCUGCCAUUUCUGCACAGACAAACCACUGAUGUUUGUUUUACUUUCAGCACUUUUGUUUUGUGCCAUUUCACAUUCUCUUCACUGAUCCUUCAUCUGCUAAUCUGACAACAGCACACUGAACGUUUUCCUGUUAUUUAGGACUAUUUAGGUGAUAUUAAUGGAUGAUGUAAGUCAGAGUUUAGAUGGUAAAGAUUCAGACAGCAAUGAAGAGGUCAGUAGAUCAGUAUACAUGUGACAGACCUCAGCCAUCAGUGUUAACCUGUUUGUGUGUGAAUGAGCGUGUGUAGAACGUAGACUCUACAGUAGAUGAGUAUGGAUCAUAUGAUUUAAACGAAAAGUGGCAUCAUGGACACUGACUUGUGUAAAAAACACAGAGAGUUUGCUCCUGUGUGGCCAAACAAGUGAAGUGUUCAUGCUAAAAGAAGAUAUUUUACACAUGAAUUGUAUCAAUACUUUUGGAAACAAUCAUAACAGACUUUGCCAUACAGAUCUACUAAGUGGCAAUCAUUCAUAUAGGAUGAUGUUCAAAUAAUUAUCAGUGAAUUGUGAGUAUUUGUAUAAAUUGUCAUUUAAAGGUGCUGUGUGUAGAUUUUAGCGGCAUCUAGCUGUAAAAUUGUGAAAUGCAACCAACGGCUCAGUCCACAGCUCAACCCUCCACAGGUCUAACAUGUCAUCUUCUGAAACAACAUAGUGACAAAACACGCUCUGUUUGUCCAUUUAGGGCUACUGUAGAAAUAUGCCGGUGCAAAAUGGCCACUUCCAUGUAAGGGGACCCGUUGUGUAUGUAAAUAAAAACGCCUCAUUCAAAACCUAGGGUAAUAAAAACAUAACGGUUCAUUAUGUUAGGUCUUUAUACACCACUGAUAAUAUAGCUAUUUAUAAUAUAUAACAUUUCUGUCAAGAGAUCCUCCUAAAAGUUACACAGUGCACCUUUAAAGAACGAAAAUGAACAUUCUGAAGAAGAAAUGUGCUUUUUUAAAAUUUGCUAACUUAAAUGUUUGAUCAAUGAGCUUGUUUUCUAAUUUUUACUUCAAAGUUUUUGAAUCAUAAACCAGGUGAGUUAGUCACCUGACUUUCCUAUGGUAAGAAAUCAUGUAUAAUACGAUGAAGUCACUGCUUGUAUAAGAAAUGAAUGGCGUUGUUACAAUAACAAGGUGAAACUGCUACAGUAUAUUUAAACUUUUUCUGUAAAAUUCCACAAAAUAUAAAAAAUUACUGAUUUUCAUUCAAAGUUGUUUAUCACUUACACAAUGUAACUUCAAUUCAAAGGAUUCAUAAAACUGCAUCAUACUCUUUAACAGAGAGAGCUGGUGGUCUUUGUUUAUUAUAGUUUUCUGUAUGCUGACAUUUGGGUCAAAUGAAGCUUCAUGUUUAGUUUGAAGGAUUUGGAUAUCAGUAUUUUCUGCACUAAGUGUAUCACUUGUGUUAUUGUGUUCUCAUUUGAAAGCAUAUAGCUUGUGUUGCAUUGGCUUUGACCUGUACAAAUAUUCAGUAUAUGAGAAGUGUGUCUAUGAAUUUCGCACACAGCAGAGCAAUCCUAAAGCACCUUAAACACAAUUGUAUUAUAUUUUCUUUAAAGCUGAAGUGUGUAAUUUUACAACUUUUGACGCUUAAAACUGUAAGUAAGCCAUUUGCAGUUUUUUCCCCCAAAAGCUUACAUUUUGUUACUUUGUGGCAUUAUCAAAACAUUGCUCUGUUUGUUUGAGCAGGCUGAUAUUAGCUCAACCAAUGACAUAAGGAUUGUGGUGGGACUGUUUUUCUGGCCAUUAGAUGUUCAAGGGGAGUGUAUAAAAACUUGUUUGAGUAACAAUAGCAUAAAAUUGCACACUUCACCUUUUUUAUUACACUAUUUGCUUUUUCUAGCUUCACUGCUGUGUUUGUUGACAUUUGACUUUGUGUCAUUUUUUUGUAUUUUACUGUACAUGAAUUUCACAUACAGUACAUUAUAAAGUCCUUCUUUUCACA